AUGGAUUCUCCUGGAUUACACAUUGACCAAUUAAAUUUUGAUAUCACACGUAUAUUGGAAAAAUUCUCUAUUCUUAUAAAACUUCGUGAACAAAAUGAAUUAUUAAAAAAAGAAAUAUGUGAAGAGACAAAAAAAAUCUCUGGAAGUCGUGAGGCAACAGAAGUCUCUCCUCAUGAUUCAAUAGAUUUUGAUGAUGAUAAUUCAUUCUUUACUGCAGAGUGUGAUUAA